AUGGCGGCGCGCAUUACUGGGACUGUCAAGCGACUCUUUCCACAGGACAGUGGUUGGCUCCUGCCUGCAGCCCAGUUGUAUACCAAAGGAUGGCGUCACCACCAUGACACCAGAGGUUCCUCGCUGCCUUACGUACCCCGCAGAGCCGUGCUCUACUGCCCCGGCAAUGACGAGCGGAAACUGAGGAAGCUGGCCACCCUGGACGUCGACUGUGCCGUCUUGGACUGUGAGGAUGGCGUUGCCCUCAGCAAAAAGACAGAAGCCAGGGAAACCAUUCCCAGGAUGCUGAAGGAACUGAACCUGGGCCGGACAGAGAAGUGUGUGAGGGUGAACUCCGUGUCCAGUGGCUUAGCCGAAGCUGACCUACAGGUCAUUGUUGGGGCUGAGGUUCUCCCACCAGCCAUAAUGUUGCCUAAAGUGGAGGAUACUCACGAGGUUCAGUGGUUCGUUGACAGGUUUCAGCGCAGCUUGAAAGGACGGCCGCUGACGGAGCCUGUUCGCCUGGUGACCUUUGUGGAAACUGCUGUGGGACUGCUCAACUUUAAGGAGGUUUGCGAGGAAAUCCGUCGACUCACGCCCAAGGCCUGCCUCCAUCACGACGGCGUGGUGUUCGGCUCUGACGACUUUUGCGCAAGCAUAGGCGCCACACGGACCCAAGAUGCCAAGGAGCUGCUCUACGCCAGGCAGAAAGUGGUCACCACCGCCAAGGCUUUCGGGCUGCAGGCAAUCGACCUGGUGUACAUUGACUACAAAGAUGUGGAGGGGCUGAGGCAACAGGCCCGAGAGGGAGCUCUCAUGGGCUUCACAGGUAAACAGGUCAUCCACCCCGGCCAGGUCCAUGCUGUGCAGGAGGAGUUCUCUCCAAGUCAGCAGAGGGUCCAGUGGGCUACAGAGCUCAUUGCUGCAUUUCAACAACACCAGAAGGACGGAAAGGGUGCCUUCACGUUCCACGGAAGCAUGAUUGACAUGCCCUCGCUCAAGCAAGCGAAGAACAUCGUCACACUCUCUGCCGCCAUGCCGCAGAAAUAAGGAGGAAGUGGUGUUGGUGCUCGGGGCAGGGAGGGUGGGUGGUCUUCUCUUCCCAGAUCAGGACUGCCUGACACUGAGAGGACAGUGCCGUUGUAAUCCAAGACUUUAAAAAAGGUAUGAAAUGAGCCAUCAUGCAGUGGACAUUGUGGACAACAACUGCUAUAAUUUGACAAUAGCCGCCCCCUGAUUCUGGUGGGCGCUCGGAUCAUCAUGCUGUUAUGUCGUACCCACACAUCCGGCCCUCGGCGAGGUGACCAAGAAAGCAUCUUGAUGUUCCCAAAAAUGGCGCACUAUUUUUGUGGAAUAUGUUGCACAAGUCACCCCACUACACAGACACCCACAAAUGAGAAUAUAGUUGGUUCUGAUGCUUGUUUGGAUGCUGGACCUUGCUGAGGUUGGUGUCCCACAAAGAGCAAGGAAGGAUG